UUAGUGCGGUAGAGCAACCUAGUUUAAUAUUUAUGCGAAGAUAUACACUAUAGGUAUAGUAAAAAAUACUGUAUCUUUCUGAUUUAUCAACAUCGACACUUCAAUGGCCAAACGAACAGGGCGGCAAAGGAGCCAGCUGCCAAACUGCUACUAUGAGGGAUACCUGGACAAGAGGUCGUUUAAAGAUAAGACAUCUCGGAAACUGUGGGCUUGCCUGUGUGGAAACUCAAUGUUCUUCUUCAAUGAGAAGAGAGACGCUGAUUAUGUAGAGAAAAUAGACCUCAGUGGGUUUAUGUCAAUAACAGAUGACAACAGCCAGGAUAGAAUCUUAGAUGCAGCCAGAAUUAACCUCCAGAUGAAGAAUGAAAAUAUCAAAUUUACUGCUCCUAAUGCAGAAGCUCGUGAGCUGUGGAAGGGCUACAUCCACUCUAUAGCAGAGCUGUCGGUACCUUCCUCCCUCAACCUGCUUCCAGGCCAGGUCCACAUGCUAAAACAGGCAGUAGAGGAGGAAAAAGAAAGAUUAAAAUCUGUCUCUACACCUUCUAUCAGCAACUCUAACCCUUACAUCAGCCUGAAAGCAGACAUGCCAGCUUGUUACCAGAGGGUGUCCCGUUUGUCGGCAGAGCUGCUGCUUGAGAGAGAAGCCAAAAGAGGAAACCUCCUGCUGAGGCCGGGGAGCGAGGCAAACUCUUUUGCUGUCACCACCAGACAAGACCUAGAUGGCUCUGUAUUCAGACACUACAAGGUGACUCGUGUGGAUGAAGGGGGCUUCAUCAUUGAUGUGGACAAUCCUGUCCCCUGUGCAACGCUACAUGAUGUGGUCACCUGUUUGGUGGAAAAAACUGAAGGCGUUUUGAUUCCUCUCACCAUGGAGGGAACAUAUGAGAGAAGAAUCUCUUUUAUCAUGUCUGAUGAGGAAAAUGGAGAGAGAACCAUUAAAGGGGCCCCUUUAAACCAAGUCCCACCAAGCUUGCCCCCAAAACCAGCUCCAAAAAUACCGACCCCUGAACCAGCAUCCGAACAAGAAGAAAAGGAGAAUAUUUAUCUGAAUGAUCAGCUGGAAGAGAAAGAAGAACAGACCGGGUGUUGCCCCAUGAUUCCACUGCCUCCGCCAAAGAAAGCAAUAAUGCCUCCAAUCCCUACUCCUCGGAGGUUGACGUCUCCUACACCAACUCCCUCCUCUGCCUCCAUCUCAAACAACCAGGAUCCAAAGAUGAGAGUCUACAAAGACACUCCAGGACAGAUUCAUUUUGCAGCACUGUCUGAGCUGAAACUCAAACUGGAGCAAAAAGGCAAAGUCUGAAGAGUGACACCUCCUGGUGGGAACCUCUCCAAACAUUUAUGACUCACACCAGAGCAGGGAAACCUGUUGUAUGAGUCUGUCCCUGCAAGAUGAAACAUUAAGUGCAGCAGAGAGCAGACGGACAGCCUCCUUCUUGUUUGCAUCGUGGCCUAGCUCCUCCUCGUCUGCUGGCUGUCAGCAGUAAAGCUGCUCUGAAGAUUGACACUUUAUCGAUUCACCCUUCGUUGAUGCUUGUUAGCAAGUAAAUUAACUGUAAAGAGGAGUGUAAAUGUCACAUUAUCUUCAGUUUGUCUUGUACAUUUUGCACUGUGUCUGUAUAUCAAUGUUGUUUCUGUCAAAUGUGUUAGUCAUUGGAUAAAUUGUAACAUAUUUUUUUACAAAGAUAACUGAGUUUGUUGUUCCUGAAGGACAUGUAAAUACAAAUUGUAUAUAUUAUCUCUGUGAAGUAAAUCUAGUUUCUGCCACAUCAACUCAGACAUGUGAGCAAGGAGCUUCUCGUAUGUGCUAUGCAACAGUUAGAAAGCAGUCCCUCUUUAACAUCCUGUAUCUUUUUUUGUCCUGUGUCGCACCUUUUCUUCUACAAAAGACAUUUCUUCCUCACUUUGAUUUCUUCCUUGUUAAAGCAGUAAACAGAGAACAAGUUAUCGUACUCCUUUAUUACCUCAAUGACUGAUACACUAUAGUGGAAAACUAUUUACAAUAAACUGUGACAUCAUGUCAGCCUGUGAAAUAAAGUGAACGUAAUUCUC